AGCCGCCUGAGGGGAGCUGGGAGCGGCAGCGGCGCGGCAUGGCCGGCUGAGGCGGGCGGGAGGCAGGGAGCUGCCGCCGCCGCCCGGCGCCGCUCCCCGGCCCCUCUCGGUGGGUGAAGCAGCGCCCGGAUGAAGGAAGAAAGGAAGGAAUGAAUGAAUGAAUGGCGGAGCGCCGCGCCGCAGCAUGAGGCGCCGGCCGAGGACCGCGCCCGGGCUCGCCCUGCUCUGCCUUGCCGUCCUCCUGGCCGCCGCCGCCGGGCUGCCCUCCAGCGCCGCGCCGCCCCCCGAGCCCGGCAGCGGCAGCGGCGGCCCCGCUGAGGGCAGUCCCGGCACUCCCGCGCCCGCCCGGGGCAGCGCUUCGCCGCCGCCGCCGCCGCCCCCGGAGGAGGAGGCGGUGGUGGAGGAGGAGGAGGAGGAGGAGGUGGUGGUGGAAGAAGAGGCGGCCGCGGGCAGCGGCCCCGCAGGAGACCUGUGCAACUGCAGCGCCGUGGGGAGCUCCAGCACGGCCGAAUGCAACAGCACGACGGGCCAGUGCCCCUGCCUGGAUGGCUACGCGGGGCUGCGGUGCGAGAGCUGCGCCCAGGGCUUCUACCCGGAGCAGCAGAGCCAGCGGUGCCGUCCCUGCGGCUGCAGCCCCGCCGGCUCCACCAGCGCCCAGUGUGACCACUCUGGGAAAUGCCAGUGUAAAGUUGGUGUCACGGGCCUGAAGUGUGACUGGUGCAGUGAUGGAUACUACAGGUUUAAUGAAACCACCUGCGAGCUGUGCCAGUGCAACAACCACUCCAAAACCUGUGACAGCUUAACAGGCUCCUGCCUGCACUGCCAGGAAAACACCGAGGGAAACCACUGUGAGCUCUGCAAGGAGGGCUUCUACAGAAGCACCCAUCCUGCCCACGCCUGCCAACGCUGCCCGUGCUCCACCGUGGCAUCGACCGGCACCUGCCGAAUACAGCCUGGUGAAACUGCCCCAAGGUGUGACAAAUGCAAAACGGGGUACACUGGCCUGAACUGCAACCGGUGUGAGAACGGCUACUACAACUCCGACAGCAUCUGCGUAAGGUGUAAAUGCAACGGGAAUGUGGACCCAGCGCGGUCACCCAGCGUGUGCAAGCCGGAGAGCGGGGAGUGCAUCGGCUGCCUGUACCACACUGCUGGGUUCCAUUGUGAGGAGUGUGAGGACGGCUACAUCCGAGACCCCGAGGGGACCAACUGCACCAAGAAAGAAGCCACUCUUGGCCCAGAAACAAGGGAGUUUACAACUUCUGCUCCAAAUGCCAGCAAGGCAACAUCAUUUUCAACGGCAGUGAUAAACAGUACCUUGUCACCAACAACUAUACAGACUAUAUUUCCUAUGAGUUCCUCUGACAAUAGUACCUCUGCUUUUGCAGAUGUUUCAUGGACUCAGUUUAACAUAAUUAUUUUGACAGUUAUCAUCAUUGUUGUGGUCCUGCUAAUGGGCUUUGUGGGUGCUGUCUACAUGUACCGUGAGUAUCAAAACAGAAAACUUAACGCUCCUUUUUGGACCAUUGAACUCAAAGAGGACAACAUCAGUUUUAGCAGCUACCACGACAGCAUACCCAACGCUGAUGUUUCGGGGCUGCUGGAAGACGAUGGGAACGAAGUCGCACCGAAUGGACAGCUAACGCUGACGACUCCCAUGCAUAAUUAUAAAGCUUAGAAGAAGUGAUCCAGCUAUUCCAAAGUUGGCUUUAAAAAGAUACAGGGCUUGUUGAGGGGGUAUCAGGAUCCGUGCCAAGGCUCCAUGCAGAGGAAUUUGCUCUUCAGAUACUCUUGUGCUGGGCGUGCUGUAGCUUGCAGGUGAACAGAACAAAGUGUAGUACAUCCGAAUUUCAGGUAAUAUGGUGAAAUGCAUUCAGUGUCCUGUUGUCCAUAAAGAUCCAUAGAAUUCACUGGUGUUAAAGACUUGAUUACGCUCUUCUGAAAUGAUUUUUUUUUUAUGAAGAGGUGGUGGGGUGGAGAAAGCAAUACCCCAUGAUUAAUCAGAAGCUAUUUGAUCUCCAGCCAACCUAACACUUACGUCUGCAUCCUUUAGUUUGAAAAGUAGCUCAUGAAUUAACAGUGGAUUUUCAGGAAACAGAGCUUUGUAAAGGCUUCAUAUUAGUUCCUGAUAUAAAUUUGUUCGAAAAGGAGGACAAAAAAAGGGAAAUAAUUGUUCACUGUACUACCAAAAGGCAAGUAGAGGAGUGAGUUGCACACCUGAAAAAAGUCAUCAUUAUCGGUUUCCACUAAGCAGGGAAACAGGAAAGAAAAUUAAUUAAAAUAUUGGACUUAGGGAAGAGACUAAGCUUUUCCCUUUCUGAGUAUUUAUACAGGGUGAUGAUGCUAUUAAAACAUAGCAAUCCGUUUUUUUUUUUUUUUUUCUAGAAGGAGUUAAUGAACUUGUAUAGUUUCUGUGCAAGGGAAGACGACAAGACAUCUCAGGGUUGCCGUGUAAAAAUAAAAGCUAGGCUUAAUACCCUACCCUGAUAGAAAUGGUGUGUUCUGUAUAUAAAAUGUAAUAUAUCUUCUUGGAAUUGUAUUUGUAAUUAUUUGUAAAAAAAAAACAACCAACCAAAAAAAACCCCAACAACAAAAUCAUGAGCCCUUCUCCAACCUCCUCUAUUCCUCAAGUCAUAUUUUAUCAUCUAGGUUUUAAUUGUACAGCGGUUAGUGGCAUUGUUUAAAAAGAAAAAAAAAAAAUGAGGGUUGUUUUAAAAUACUGUAAAUUAGAUGGCAAUAUUGUUGGAGCUGGGACUCUGGCAAACACCAACUGCUUAAAGCUUUUCUUCUAGUGUCAUUGAAUAACUUUCUUUUUUAGAGAAAAUGUGAGUACUCCCUACUUGCAUCUGUCCAAUUUUUCCAUUCCUUUAAAUAUAGAGUGAAUACCGGUGUCACCAUGACUAGGCCCUAGUAGGUGUCCAAAAAUCGCAUGUACCAUACUGUUACUUGCUUUUAAAUCUUUAUACAAAAUGCAAAUACACUGUCAUGAAUGCAUUGAGAGCCUGAUCUCGAUGGCUGAGCUUUUCUGAAGUGGCUGCUCAUCAUGUGAGUGGAUCUCAUUGCCGUCUCUCCCGUGCUGACACGGUGACGGGGGAGGCUUUGCCAGAGGGCUGAGCACAGCCUCCUGGCCUCUUGAAGGGCAAAAGCAAAAAAAUCCCCUGGAUUUGGGGGAAAACGGCUCUCAGCUGAAGAGCUCGCAGGAGCCGAUCUGCGCUUCUAGGCUUAAAAGCUAAAAGUGCAUGGAUGCUUUCAGGAAACUUAUGUAGCACAAGUCGGUGGUGGGGAAUCAGCUGUCAAAAAAAACCUACCAGGGACUUUAGGCACCUCCCUGUGGCGGGGAGCCGCCGGGUCCGACCCGUGAAAAUCAAUACCAUUACAUUUAAGCAGGGAGUUAAACAAAGAUGUCACCUAACUCGUGGCCAACCUCAGAACUAGAGCUGCAUUGCCGUGCGUGGUGGUGCUUUGCAAGCGAUUGAUGCUGAGGAUAAAUGAAGUACCUGCUAAAGGUCAGCAGGAGCUGACUGAUGCAUCCUCAGAGCCAGGCAAAAGUAAGUAUUUCUCAAGAUGAGAAAGGGUAGGAAGAAUGUCGUGAUUAUUUAUUUACUUUCUGGUGCUGCAUGGAAGCUUUUGUUAUCAUUGGAGACUUGGGGUGGGGGGAAAUAGGUGCUUUAAACACAUGCACAAAGAUGCCAAUUCUGCCUAAUUCAAAAAUCAAAAUUCAAAAACUUGCUGCCUGAUUUAAAGAUGAGGCACAGCAAGUAUGAAGGAAAGUAGUUGAGGAUGACUAAGGGAAACCGGUGAUGGCAGAAUUUGACAUUGCAUACAGCCCUGAGCCGAUGGAAAGCUCCCGUUGCCUGCUAUGGGCCUGAGCGAGGUCCCACAGUAUGGGCAGUCAGUUUGGCUGAUGUCAUUCAGAGCAAUGUUAGUUUUAGCUAUAAAACGGGGGAGGACUGGAGGAGAAAAUCCGGAUAUUGCUAAUCCUGGAGUUACUCGUCAAACUUUUAAAGAGCAGAGUG